CCUACAGUACAGUUGAGACCACAUCUAUGGGUGUUGAUACAAUGUUGAUUUCUAUUGCAAGGAUCUAGUUAGGACUUAGGAAGAGAAAACUUAAGAAUUCCUUAUGCGUUUACUGGCUUGUUGCCAACUUGCCAUACAUAUUUUACUAACUACUAAUGGAAAUAAAGAAAAUAACAAUAGCAUUUCGUUCUCAUUCGUCAUAUUGCUUACCUUAAAUCGUAUGACAAGUGAGACCCCAACAAUUAAAAUUAACGAUUUCAUACAAUACAUCGAACGUAGUUCGAAUCUGUCCUAUCAAGGUAUUAUCUACUCACCCACGUUUGGGUGGUAAUACCCGACCUGCAGUAGCGUGGGCCGUGGAGCAAGAUAUGAGUACUACUUUCGAUAUACCUUGUUUCGCCCUGUUCUAGACUCGUGUUACCUUAGUUUGUCUCAACAUUUCUCCUGUUUUGAUUUAUCUUUAACUCAUAUUCUCGCCCAAUGAUAUUCUAAAUAUGUGCUAGACUUUAUCUUUCAACUAUUUGAACUAAAUUAGUCUACCUUUUACCGCUAUUUUCAUUUAUGAACUAAUUUCAUUUUGUUUUAUCACUAAAGAUAAAUGUUUUAUUCAAAUAUUAUAUAAGAAUGAGUCGACCAGUCCCUACCUGUACUCAUGUGGGUAUUACCCGACCUGACUCGCAGUAACUGCAAAGCGGAUAUGGAUAAUUGAGAUACAGGUCCUGCCCGCUCAAUUGCCACACUUGAUCCAAUAUAUUUGACUGUACCUGAAUUUCAUUUCAUUCAUAUAAUGAUCAUACAUUAAUUGGUUAUCAUAAUCAAAUGCCACAUUUAGUCACUGAAAUUAUUAAAUCAUGUCAUGUUUAGUCAUUAGAAAAAAUUAAUAUCAAUUUUGGUCACUCGAAUUAUUGAAACAUGUCACAUUUAGUCACUCUCCCAUUAGUUUCCGUCCAACUCCAUAUGGGAAAGUGACUAAAUGUGACAUGUUUCAGUAAUUCGAGUGACAUUCAUAAAAAAAAGUAAUUCGAGUGACCGGAGUUGGACGGAGGCUGACAGGAGAGUGACUAAAUGUGACUUGUUUUUAGUAAUUCAAGUGACCAAAAUUGAUAUUAUUUUUUUCUAGUGACUAAACAUAACACGAUUUAGUAAUUCCAGUGACCAAAUGUGACAUUUACACCAAUUUUUCAUAUCACAUUUCAAACUCAUCUAUGUUUUACACAUCUUCCACUAUCGAUACUACAAUGAUGAAUAAUCCCUUGGGCAUCUGUUACGCUAGAUGUGGUACUGGCCCAUCACACCUACAGGCUACAACCACGCAAAAAUUCCAAUGAACAAACAAAAACAUAAUUGAUUAUUGAGUUUGCUAGUGAAGGAGAUGCCACCUCACUCCGUGAUCCAUCUAAUAUCUGUGCCACUAUCCUCAGGCACACGUGGCAUUUCUACAUUGGAUGGAGCUCACACCUCACUACAUUUCCACAAGAUUUUUUUGCAGCCCCAAAAUCAUAACAUCCCCAUAGCCCACCUGUCAAAUGGAAAAUUUAGCCUCCAGAUGUCCCCAAAAAUCAACCGCCAAUAACACUUCAGAAAAUAGAUAUUCUUUGGAUAAGUACUCCAUUUCCCUAAGCCCAUAUAAAUAUGGAACCAUCAAGAAAGCCCAAACUCCACAAACCAACCGUACAACCAUCUUCCUUUCCUCAAGCAAGCAAAGCAAACACCUUUCUUUCUCUUUCAGCUCUAAGCAGCAAUGGCCGCCGCUACCAUGGCUCUCUCCUCUCCUUCCUUCGCCGGCAAGGCAGUGAAGCUCUCCCCUUCCUCCUCCGAGAUCAUGGACGGCGGCCGGAUCGUGAUGAGGAAGGCCGCCGGCAAGGUCAAGCAGGUUUCCUCCGGAAGCCCAUGGUACGGCCCAGACCGUGUAAAGUACUUGGGCCCAUUCUCCGGCGAGGCCCCAUCAUACCUCACCGGCGAGUUCCCCGGAGACUACGGCUGGGACACCGCCGGCCUCUCCGCCGACCCAGAGACUUUCGCCAAGAACAGGGAGCUGGAGGUGAUCCACUGCAGGUGGGCCAUGCUUGGAGCUUUGGGCUGCGUCUUCCCCGAGCUGUUGGCCCGCAACGGAGUCAAGUUCGGUGAGGCCGUGUGGUUCAAAGCCGGGGCCCAGAUCUUCAGCGAAGGUGGGCUUGACUACUUGGGCAACCCAAGCCUGAUCCACGCACAGAGCAUCUUGGCCAUCUGGGCCUGCCAGGUCAUCCUCAUGGGCGCCGUCGAGGGUUACCGUGUCGCCGGUGGACCACUCGGUGAGGUCGUCGACCCGCUGUACCCCGGCGGCAGCUUCGACCCCUUGGGCCUCGCCGACGACCCCGAGGCGUUCGCCGAGUUGAAGGUGAAGGAGAUCAAGAACGGCCGCUUGGCUAUGUUCUCCAUGUUCGGGUUCUUCGUCCAGGCUAUCGUCACCGGAAAGGGACCCUUGGAGAACUUGGCCGACCACAUCGCCGAUCCCGUCAGCAACAAUGCCUGGGCUUUCGCUACCAACUUCGUCCCCGGAAAGUGAGGAAAGACUCUUUGAUCUGGGAAAUUGAAUGACUGAGCUGAUUGAUUUCUGGGGUUUCGUUCUACGGCGCUUGUGUGGGGGGAAAUGUUGUAUCUGUAAAUUUGGGUUUCGCUGCUGCUUAUUCCCCAUUCCAUUGAAGUUGUGAGAUUUGUUUUGUUGUAAUCUUUUGUCGGGAACCAAUGGAAAGACUGGAACUUUGCUGCUUUACACUAGCUGCUUCCCUCAAUUUUCAGUCAAUUAUCGACAGUAAAUCCAAUCGGACAAAAGCUUAAUGGAUGCUUGAACAUUUAACUGGAGCAAUUCGGAGAGAAGAAGACAGACAGCUCCCAUAAACUAAAUCUUAAUGUUUGAGGGCUUCAAGUCACAAUGAACUGUAGGGAAGUCAUAAUCGAUACGCAGAUAGUCCUAUCCACUUGCAACUGAAAUACAGACGAUGAUACUCUCGGAUGAUCUCGAUAAUUACACGACUCCAAAAAGAACACGCUGAUGCAUUAUCAUUCUCGCCGUCAACUAUCAUUAGUAUUAGGACUAAUAUCACUAGGAAAUCCGAAAUAUCAAUAAUUACAUUUGUGUUCCAAACUAUUCAAUAUAAUAUUUAUGUUCCAAUAUAUGAUAUUUGUGUGUCAUUUGUGUCAUGAUGAUUUUGUUGACCGUUAAAGCUAACGGUUGACCAAACGGUGGUCAACUUAAUGUUGACUUUUGUUGACGUGGCAAAAACGUAAAAAGUGAAAACACGUAGAUGCCACGUCAUUUACACCUAAGUUUUUUAAUUCAAAAUUAAAUAGAAACUAAAAUUAAAAAAUUAAAAAAAUAUGUAAAUUAAAAAAAAUGUAUACGACGAUUCUGAGGCAUGGUUCUAGGUGCUCACGGAUUAUCCCACACAAAAAUUCAAACCCGAACCAUGCCACGGUGGCUACCAACCACCACUCAAGCAUAACAUUUUUCAUCAUUAAAAAAUUAGCACUUGCUGGGCAAAUUUCACAAAUAAAAGCAAUUCCAAUCA